AUAAGAAAAGCAAUGUGGCCGUUCGUCUGCAUCACAGUUCGCGCAUUCUGAAGCUGUUUGUAAUUUCCAAGUUUGGGGUUGUUGAGCCGUUUCUUGUCGAAGCAGUUAAUCAACGAUUCCUUCAAGAAACCAAGCAUGUUGAAAGAAAACCACUUUCGGGUGUGCAAAAGGUUGGCUUGUGUUUCAAGCCUGGUCUCUGGAAAGCAACGUGCAACGAGCUCGCCACUACAGACAUCGAUAAAUUCAAGAACUUUUUCAGCAGGAGUCAAUGUUCUGUUCAAGGAAACCUGUUGUCAACAUCUGAAAGUUUUCGAUAGAAACUGCGUUCUACCUUGUGAUGCAGAAAGAGUAAAGCUGUGUUCAAGAGGAUCACAAUCGCGUACAUGCAUUGCAAAUAACUGCCUUAAUUUACUCUCAGCGCGUUCAUUGUUUACAUCUGCUUCGACUCGAGCAAACACGCACACGACCACUGGACGAAAUUUAACAGACAGCAGGAAAACAAAUCUAGAUUUAAAAACUAAAACAGCGAGGAAACCUCCAGCUAAGAAUCCUACCAUCGGGUCACGUCGAACCAGCAAUCAAAAGUUGAGUGGAAGAUCAAGAGAACAAGCAGUCCCUGCCUCCAGAGUAGGACGACUGUGGAACUAUGGUGGCCUGGUUGCUGGGUUGGGUCUUGGUGCCCUGGCUGAGGUCACUAAGAGACAGCUUGGUCUUGGCAAGGAAGGACCUAGUGUGGCAGAGCUUGCUGGAAGUCCAUUUCUGUCAGAAGCAAAUGCUGAAAGAAUUGUGAGCACUCUGUGUAAAAUGAGAGGAGCAGCAUUAAAAUUAGGUCAAAUGUUGAGCAUUCAAGACAACCAGUUUAUUUCACCGGAGUUGCAGGCAAUAUUUGAGCGAGUUCGUGACAGUGCAGACUUCAUGCCACGCUGGCAGUUGGAGAAAGUCCUAGUCAAGGAGUUAGGAGCUGAUUGGCAUGACAAGCUUUUAGAAUUUGAUAUGAAGCCCUUUGCUGCAGCAUCCAUUGGCCAGGUCCAUAGAGGAGUGCUCAAAGAUGGCCGUCCUGUGGCCAUAAAGAUUCAGUAUCCUGGAGUUGGCGAGAGUAUCGACAGUGACAUCAACAACUUGAUGACUGUGUUGAAAGUCAGUAAUCUUUUACCAGAAGGGCUUUAUGCAGAGAACGCCAUUGAUGUGGCUCGACGAGAGAUGGCUUGGGAAGUUGAUUAUCUCAGAGAGGCAAAGAAUGGACAGCAUUUUAGGGAACUGUUACAAGACAUGCCAGACUUUUAUGUUCCGGAGGUCAUUGAAGAUCUCACGUCUAAACAAGUGCUGACUACUGAGCUGAUACAGGGUACGUCACUUGACAAGAUUGAAAAUCCAGACCAGGACACUAUAAACAAGUUGGGUUUGAACAUCCUCAGACUUUGCUUGAAGGAAGUGUUUGAGUUCAGAUUUAUGCAGACAGAUCCCAAUUGGUCCAAUUUUUUCUUUGAUCCUGUCACUAAAAAGAUUUGUCUUCUUGAUUUUGGAGCUUCUCGUUCUUAUGACAAGAAAUUUGUAGACAAAUAUAUUAAGAUAAUCCGUGGCGCGGCCAUUGGAGAUCGAGGCAUGGUGAUUGACAACUCCAUCGGCCUGGGGUUCCUUACGGGUUAUGAGUCCAAGGUAAGGGUGCUUGAAAGGUGAAAAAUACGUAUUAAGAAAUAUAUCUACUUGAACGUCUCUUCUUGCGCGCUAAAUUCCUCUCCCAAAUUUCAUCCAGGCUUCCGCUGACUGGAUUCGAAUAAGAUGUCAUUUGUGUUUUUAUAUUAUGGGAAAAGUUGGGUUAAGCAAGUCUGUAUCCUCUUUAGCGUUCCCGUACAAAGAGCUUUUCGGCAUUCUGACCGCGCCUAAAUUGGAGCGAGAGCAAAAUUUCGACGAAGCAUGGGGUGGUGGGGCGAGAGAGGUAACUGCUUCUCGCUCCAAUUUACGCGCGGCCAGAAUGCGGAAAAGCACUUCUUACGGGAACGCUUGCUACGCAGGCUAUAUCCUCUUAACUU